UAGCCUGGUAAUGCCUGGCAGGCACCCCAGCUGCACUCCACACGGUCACACCAGACAGCAGCAGAAGGAAGAGAGAGGAACUGGGCACCCCAGAGGUCCUUCAGGAGUGCAGUGGGAAGUGGUGUCUGGCUAUGGAUCUGACCUUGGGAAUGGAGGCUCAGGCUCUUCUAGAAGACAUGUUGGAGAUCACGUCUCAGAACCUGGUGCACAUGGAAGUGACUGAACACUACCAGGUCAUCAAGGAGCUGGGCAAGGGGAAAUAUGGCCAGGUGGUACUUGUGACACACAGGAAAAGGGGAACCCCCAUGGCUCUCAAGCUUCUGCCUAAAGCCAGUACCAAGCUGCAGAACUUCUUGUAUGAAUACUGCGUGGCCCUCUCACUCUCUGCCCACCCUGCCAUCAUUGGCAUGUUCGGUAUUGCUAUUGAGUCCAGCCAGCACUAUGGCUUUUUGUACGAGGCAGCCCUGCACAGAGAUCUCAUCUCCAUUAUCAAGCCAAAGGCUGGCAUACCAGAACAAGCAGCCAAACUCUGUGCCAAACAGCUGGUGAGCGCACUGGAUUUCAUCCACAGCCGGGGCCUUGUGUACCGAGAUGUCAAACCUGAGAACAUCCUGCUUUUUGACCGCCAUUGUCGCUGCAUCAAACUGACCGAUUUUGGCCUGACACGACCCCAGGGCACCCUCCUGCGUCUCGUGGCUGGGGUCAUCCCCUACACCGCACCUGAGCUGAGCCGUGGUACUGGAGAAACCCCAGGCCUGCCCAUUGAUGCCAGCUUAGAUGCUUGGGCAUUGGGGGUGCUAAUUUUCUGCCUGCUCACUGGUUACUUCCCUUGGGAGAAGACACUCCCUGAAGAUUCCUUCUUUGAGGACUUUGUGAUCUGGCAAGAAUCUGGUCUCGAUGAAGACUUGCCGUUCCACUGGCGCCCACUCUCAAACGAUGCCAUCUCUAUGCUGCGGAAUCUCCUAGCCUUGGAACCGAAAAAGCGUGGUCCUCUCUGCAGUGUGCUCAGCUAUCUCGACCGGCCGUGGCGAGCAGAGGCAGCGGCCAAAGGCCACUAACAACAGCACCAUUGUAUCAAAACGAAUUUGAUAGGUGCAAAAAAAAGCAUUUUUUUCUAUCUUGUAUUUGCCUGUGCAAAAUCCAAGUAGAUGUUUCCUUUUUUUAUACAUGCAGACAGGAAGCACAAACUGAUGACUUAAAAUGUCAGUGUGCCUGUGUUUCUCUUCCUGACUUUAUAAUUUAAUAAGGAACAGAAAUGAUCAGGGACAUAAUUUUUUUUUGUAAAUUAAAAGAAACUUUAAAAAUCGGAGAAACUCUUCAGUUUUCAAUCUGAAAAUUUGGAUUCGGAUGUUGAAAAUAUACCUAUUUUUUUGAAAUUUUACAGAAUGUUGGUUAAGUUCCAUGAGACAGGACCACGGACUGCAAGGCCUGCCCCAGUUGGCUGUGGUGGGUUUUCUGGGCUUUGUGGCCAUGGGCUUGUAGCCUUUGCUCCUACCGUUGUGCCUGUAUCUGUGAGACAGAUUUCUCUCUAUGGCACACUGUGGAAUGAUGGAGUGGUGGGAUGUAUGUUUUUGUUCUGAAGGGGCCAAACACAGAUGCAAGAGAAAGAUUAGGAGCAGCAGUG